CAUCUGCAUUAAGGCCCCUUUGUUCAACAUCUCCCUCCCUCGUUUGUGGAUUUGAUUCCAAGAAGACUUUACACUCGUUGGCUGGAUUUUUUUGGAUAUCGAUGUUUUUUUUGUUUGUUUGUUUUUUUUUACAUUGCUUGAAUUCAGUGGGAUAUCUUUUCCUGGGCGUCUUACAUUUUUCAAGACAAUGGACCCAGCUUCUCUCUUGCUGAUGGCAGGAUUCCUGCACCUUGCUUUUGCCAAUGGGAUUGACCAACUGUCCUGGUUCUACCGCAUGCAACCCUUGGCCAUCAUGGAUCCUGACAGCACUGGAGGAGACUGUCCAGCUGAGUGCGAUUGCCCUCCAACCUUCCCCAUUGCCAUGUACUGCGACAACCGUGGCAUGAAACAGAUGCCAUACAUCCCUUCUCGCAUGAAAUAUAUCUAUCUUCAGCACAACCUAAUAACUACAGUCUCAGAUGAAGCCUUUAAAAAUGGCACCAACCUAGUGUGGGUUAUGCUGCAUGAGAACCAGAUUGCAGAGAUAGGAAAAAGGGCCUUUGCCAAUCUGGUGAACCUAGACCGCCUGUACUUGAGUGGCAACAACCUGACUGAGGUGCCGUCUAACCUUCCUCACUCCUUACGUGACUUGCGCCUCAACCACAACAAAAUUGAUAAGGUGUCACCCAGUGCUUUUGAAGGCUUGGAGAAUCUGACCACCUUGCUACUCAAUGACAAUUCCAUCCAGGACAUAGGCAGCACUCUGAAGGGCCUGAAGUCUCUCACCUUGCUCGAUGUGAGCAGAAACCAGUUGAAGAAAGUUCCGGAUGGCCUUCCCGCUAUGCUGCACCAGCUCUAUUUGGGCUCCAACUCCAUUGAUGCCAUCCCAGGCAACUUUUUUAACCACUUCACCAACCUGCAGUAUGUGCGCUUUUCCCACAAUGCCCUCACAGAUAAGGGUAUUCCACCAAACACUUUCAAUGUAAGUGGUCUGGUAGAACUGGACCUCUCCUUUAACAAACUGGAGAGAAUCCCAACAGUUAGCACCAGCCUUGAACACCUCUAUCUACAAGCCAACCAAAUCAAAGAGUUUUCCCUGGGCAGUUUCUGCAGUGUGGUAGACGUGAUGAAUUUCUCCAAGCUAAAGGUCCUGCGUCUGGAAGGCAAUGAGAUCACACGUAGGGAUGUCCCAUCUGACUCGGCUAUGUGCCUCCGCUUUGCCUCAGACAUCGCCCUGUAACUGCUCCAACAGGGCAUUAGAGGGCAGUCUCCUUACAUUUGUCUUUUCUGUAACUAUUCCACCAAAUACCCAAACAUUUCUUACUGUUUUGAUUGUUUACUCCAUGUAUUGUGAAAUUUAAUGCUGUUUGUGUUUAUCUCAACAAAGGAGUAACAAAGGAGCUUGUGGUGAUACAUGUGUAUGGUUGGUGCAUAUGUUUUGACCUGAUUUGUGGGUGUUUGCUUUAGUAUGCUUUGCGUUAUAGCUAAGAAUUAUGUCUGCAACAUUGUUUGUAUGUGUGCAUGUAUCUCUGCAUGUUGGUCAUGUUUUGAAGUAGGAGCAGAAGGAAAAGACAUGAUGAGUCGGUUUGUUUUCUCAUUUUAAAAUGAUCUGUUUACUUUCUGAACAUGUCGCUCUUAAGAAUAACUUGAAGAUAAUGCAUUUUUGGAAUGUUUAUUAUGUAUUGUAUGUAUUGUAGGCAGCAUGUUAGGAGACUAUGCUCUGGACAUGUUUAGAGAACCUUAAUCUGAGUAAACAAAAGUAAUAAAUAUUUUUAGUAAGAAAAA